AUGGCAGACGUCGACCCAGAAACGUUGUUGGAGUGGCUAAGCAUGGGGCAAGGAGAAGAGCGAGAUAUGCAGCUGAUCGCCUUGGAACAGCUGUGUAUGCUCCUCCUGAUGUCUGACAAUGUGGAUCGCUGCUUUGAGAGUUGUCCUCCCCGAACCUUCCUCCCCGCUCUAUGUCGGAAUUUCUUGGACGAAUGUGCUCCGGACAAUGUCCUCGAGGUUACUGCUAGAGCGAUAACUUACUACUUGGAUGUUUCUGCCGAGUGCACCCGUCGCAUUGUAGCAGUGGAAGGGGCUGUGAAAGCCAUCUGCAAUCGUCUUGUCGUAUCCGACGUGACGCAGUCCCGAACCUGCAAAGAUCUUGCUGAACAGUGCAUCAAGGUUCUCGAACUGAUCUGCACCAGGGAAGCAGGAGCUGUGUUUGAAGCUGGCGGACUCAAUUGUGUCCUGUAUUUCAUAAGAGCAAAUGGGAACGUGAUCCACAAAGAUACACUCCAUUCAGCAAUGUCAGUCGUCUCAAGGCUUUGUGGUAAAAUGGAGCCUACCCAGGAUGAUGAUCUACCAGUAACUGUGAAAUCUUUGUCCAAUUUACUGAAGCACGAAGAUUCACAUGUUGCGGAUGGAGCCUUGAGAUGCUUUGCAUCGCUUGCUGAUAGAUUCACCCGAAGAGGAAUUGAUCCAUCACCCCUCGCAGGAGAGGGUCUAAUGGAAGAAUUGUUGAACAGAAUGAAAUUAGCCGGAAUCGGGAAUCGCACAGCUGCGUCUUCGUCAACUCCACCGCAAUCUGGAGGCGUAGUUCUACAUUCAGGAAUAACCCCCGCGCCUUCGACAACCAGUUUCCUGUCUUCGUCACCAGCGUCUUCAACUGCAUUAGCACUUAUGAGUGCCAAUGCAGCAACUAAUGAAGGGAAAACUUGUGCGUCUAUUUCAACGACGAUAAGCCUACUAUCGACACUGUGUCGUGGAUCGCCGAGCGUAACAGAGGCAUUGUUGAAAUCCGAUCUUCCGGAUGCCAUCGAAGCAGCCCUGCAAGGAGACGAACGGUGUGUUUUGGACACGAUGAGGCUGGUUGAUUUGUUGUUGGUGCUAGUCUUCGAAGGGCGACGUGCUUUGCCGCAAAGCUCUGUUUCGAACAACUCAGUUCCAGCUUUGAAUAGUUGCUCUACCGGAACGUCUACGCGCAGAGCGGAUGCACCCUCUGGAAUAGAACGGACCCAUCGUCAGCUAAUUGACUGCAUCCGAUCAAAAGACACCGAAGCUCUGAUCGAAGCUGUGGAGCAAGGUUCCAGUUCUGUUCAAAUUAUUUUUUCUACUAUUACUAAUCUUCGAACGGAAGUGAAUUUGACUGACGAUGUUGGACAAACGCUGCUAAACUGGGCAUCCGCGUUUGGAACCCCCGAAAUGGUGUCGUAUUUGUGCAGUCGAGGUGCUGAUGUUAAUAAAGGUCAGCGAUCGUCGUCUUUACAUUAUGCCGCAUGUUUUGGGCGACCAUUGAUCGCAAAAGUUUUGCUUCGGCAUGGUGCGAAUCCGGAUUUGAGAGAUGAAGAUGGAAAAACUCCUCUGGACAAAGCUCGUGAAAGGAGUGAUCAAGGACAUCGAGAAGUUGCAGCGAUUCUCCAAUCUCCUGGUUGGUUCUUCGGACAUGCAUUCACGAUUUAUAAAAAAUUAAGAAAAACGAACUCUAUAGCGGAAUUUAACCCUGAUUUUUCCUUAAUUGCAGGAGAAUGGAUUAUGAAUUUCGAAGAGAACCGGGAUGGGGAUGAAGCGACGAAAGAGAAAGGUGAUCCAGUAAUCAUGAAGUUGUAUGUCAGGCGUCUGUUGCCGUUGUUCGCCCACCUGCAUCAAGCCUCAAUGGUGCACUCGAUACAACGGGCGAGUCUGGCUUUGAUUAAAAAGAUAGUUUCAUCUGUCAAUGCGGAAAUGUUAGUGGAACUGGCCUCUGGGGACAUCAAGCGUCCGUUACUUGGCGGAACCACCGACCUGCCCACACUGCUGGUAGAAGUCAUCUCAGGCGUUCUGGAUCACGAGGUGUUCGUAAUACUGAUGGAACGAUACUAUACAUAUUUUCAGGAUGACGAUGACGGAUUGAUGCUUGCAUUUCAUAUAAUCGAGAAUCUGAUUACAAAAGCAGCAGAUAUAUUCGUCGACCAUUUCGGAAGAUUGGGUGUUUUUCCGAAAGUCAAAGCAAUAGCACUCCCUGCGGAUUCUGAUGACGAGGCCUCAUCGGAUGGUCUGGUCAUGGAGGCACACGAACUGGAUCAUCCUGAACCAACUGAAACGGAAUCAAAGACUGCGGAAGCCGCAUGUACAAUGGAAGAUGCCACGGAAAUGCUGCGUGACAAGGCUUAUCAUUGGAAAGACUGGUCAGUGGUUCGUUCUCGCGAUGGUCUCUUCUUCUGGACCGAUGCUGUGGCGAUUGAACUUUCGAAUGGAUCUAACGGCUGGUUCCGUUACAUAAUUGACGGAAAACUCGCAACCAUGUAUUCUUCUGGAAGCCCUGAAAAUGGGAACGACAAUCUCGAAAAUCGUGGAGAAUUCGCUGAAAAGUUGGCAGUUGCUCGAGGAGGCGUAGUGAAGGCAGCAGGAACGAAUCCAAUUGUUAGUGAACCGAUCUUGUCGACUGCCAAGCCGAAUGUGACGAUCAUUGUUGGCAAUUGGAUGUUAUCGUGUCGCAAAGAUGGAGAGCUCACUAUACACAAUACCGGAGGUCUUCAGGACCGUGUGGUGCCGCAAAUGACAAUUCUUCGUGAGAACUUCCCUGGUUUCAUUUUCGAGUCAAACAGAGGAAUGCGUCAUUCAUUCUCCUCGGAGACCAGCUUUACUCAUGAUGUGACCCUACCCCCUGUGUGGUCAAGUGCCCCUGCAGGCAUCGGAGCAACGCCCAAAAGUGGCGUGCGAAAAUUUAGAACCAAGGCAGAAAGUGUCCACAUGGUUGUGCGUAAGAAAGCUCGUGAUAUCUGGGAGCAGCAUUUUGCUGUAGCUCAGAACAGUACGAGAGGUGUGGUUGCUACUCUGAAGAAGGUUCUAAACUGCUUGGAGGAAGCUUGCUACGAACAGGAAUGCCUCAUAGCUUACAAGAUCAUUGAAAGUGGAGCUGGUCAAAAUGCUCGCGAGAAGUUUCGGCAAGCCUUGUACGAACUUGCCUGGUUGUUCUGUGAAGAUGAACAGAAGCUGUCGGCGUUCGAAUUGCAGUCGAGUGGACUAAUACCUGUGUUGAUCUAUGCCCUCGUCGGAGAUGGAUCUAUGAAGUCCUUGCGUAACUCGAGUGCAGGGCGGGAAGUUCUUCGCGACAGAGCUAUGCUGUUCCAUGAAUUUUUCACAGAGAUGACGUUGAAAGAGUUGGCUGAGAAACGACCCGAUUGGCCCGAGAUUUCCGUGAAUCUGGAGUGUGGCUUCUCGAAACACCUGAUGUUGAACGACGAAAAUGCCAAUGAAGUGAAAAAUCCUGGAGCCGCAUUGGUUAGGAAGCUCAUUGCUGUGCUGGAGUCUGUGGAGAAAUUUCCGUUGUACCUUUACGACUCUCAUUCUGGCUGCGGAAGUGGAUACGGCCUUCAGGUGUUGACUCGAAGAUUGAGAUUCCGUCUGGAGAAGAAAGAAAUAGCGGCUCAUGGCGGAACAACUAAAGAAGAAGCUGGUUUGGUCGACAGAAGUGGAAAAAGUUUGAAAAUGGAACCGCUGGCAACGAUUGAUCAACUGGAACGAUUCUUGCUCCGCAUGGUUGCUCGGCAGUGGUACGAUUAUGAUCGAAACUCGUUCCAUUUCAUCAAAUAUUUGAAGCAAACUGGAUCAGUGACCUUCAACUAUGAGAGAGACUUCGACCAAAGUGGGCUGAUGUACUGGAUCGGUACGAAUGGAAAAAUGGUUCAGGAUUGGGUGAAUCCUGGGUCAGUUGGUCUCGUUAUUUUGAGCAGUAGCGAGGGCCGUGCUCUUCCUUACGGAAAACUCGAAGACAUUCUGAGUCGUGACCCAUCGCCUCUGAAUACACACACAAACGAUGAUCGUCGGUCGUGGUUUGCCAUUGACCUCGGAGUUUGGAUGAUACCGACUGCUUAUACUCUGCGGCAUGCGCGUGGUUAUGGGAAAUCUGCAUUACGGAAUUGGCAAUUUCAGGUUUCGAAGGACGGAAUUGAAUGGGUUUCUUUGUACUACCACGCUCAUGACACUUCAUUAAACGAACCUGGUUCUACGCACACAUGGUCUUUGCCGCAGAAGGUUAUGAAUCCGCGAAGACCUGAUGUUGAGGACGAAGAAGAAGAAGAUACCAUAUAUUUCGGUCGCGUACUAAAGCUUCCACGCCGUGUGCGACAGGAAGAAUUGGACCGAUUGUUGGAGAAGGUGAAGACGGAUUACGCGGAAGAGAAACAAGGCUGGCGGCACAUCCGCAUCAUGUUAACGGGAAAGAAUGCGUCGGGGCAAACGCACUACUUGUCCUUGUCAGGAUUCGAAGUUUACGGUACUGUGACCGGGGUGUGUGACGAUAUGGGCAAGGCUGCGAGGGAUCAGGAAGCAAAUCUGAGACGGCAGAGAAGGAUGGUGAGACACCAAUUGAGGGCCAUGGUACCUGGUGCCCGUGUCGUGCGCGGAAUGGACUGGAAAUGGCGCACUCAAGACGGAAAGCCGCCCGGCACUGGGACCGUUACCGGGCAUCUUCACAAUGGUUGGAUCGAUGUCACUUGGGACCAUGGCGGGUCGAACUCGUAUCGAAUGGGGGCUGAGUCCAAGUACGACCUCAAGUUGGCGUCGCCCACGCCUGAAAGCACAAUGAUGUCGAUGCGUGACUUCCCCUCGAGACAUUAUCGCCGCGGGAACGUGGCUGUGACCCGUGGGCAGUUCUUCUCGUUGACAAAUCCGUCUACGGGUUCGUCAAUUUGGGAGACGAAUUCAAAGUCUCCUUCCCCGAUUCCGUCUCCCACGCCUAGUGCGCGUUCCAGGCACACGCGCUCCUCCCACACCUCAGGACCGCGAACGUUGCGAUCUUACGAUCCUAAUAGAGCAUCAUCUGGGACAUCGGUGAAUGCCGCGGAAAUGGUUGCCGAGCAUGUAUUGGCGUUGGCACGGAACGCAGCAUUGCUUCAGGAAGGCCCGUCGUCAGCAGUGCAGUCAACGUCAUCUUCGUCCGCGUCGCGUGGGAUGGGCCGUGGCGUGACUUCACGAACGGAUGCUGGAGUGCUACGAAAUCAUCUUGCUGACUCCGUUCUAGCUGGAUUACCGGAUAAUCUACCGUAUGCGGACGUCGGCGCCGCAGACUCCGUCCUGAGUUCCAUCACCCAGAAUCUAACCUUGCGAGAAGGAGCGCUGAACCGCAUGAAUGCGGCUGCAUCGGGUGCGGCGGCGCUGAACCAUACGGUGUCUCCUUCUGAAUGGGUCGCCUUUGUGGACGCCAUGACGGAGGCCGAAGCGCAUUUGGAAGAAUGUCGGCGUGCGGAUCUGCGGGUGCGGGAACGCGAUCGCGGUGCAAGCAGUGAGUCGAGUGUCGAGGCCGCCGUGGGAAAGGUGAGCAAUGACGGCGGGGACGCCUCUCCUACUUUGGCGGAUACGCCGACCGUUGGAGUCCUCACGACCAACGCAGCUUUCAACUCUGUUCUGAGUUCAAUUUCUCAGGUGGUCGAGAGUUUGAGCGCAGGGGGAACCCGGGGAAGUAGUAGGUCGUCGAAUCCUGCACCAGAGCGAGAACUGAUUCGUGCCUCGAGGCUGAAACGUUUCUUGAGUUACGCGGGAGCUUUCAAAGUGGGAAGCGGUUCUAGUCGAGAGAGUCAAAGUUCAGGCCGACGACAGGACACAGCGUCUUCGACAGUAGCUUUGUAUAAUGACCGAAACUUGGCGAUGACCGGGGCUGCUGCAUCUGGUUUAGUUCCGCCUCCUCGUGCCGGAACUGAUGCAGCGCUGCUGGCUCAACUGAGACCUGCCAAGCCGAUACGAGUCGUUUCCAGCAAAACCAAAGACCCGAGUUUGGCAUUGGCUCUCGAGCAAACGAAACCCUUCUUGGAAGCAUGCGCCAAACAGCCACACGCGUUUGGUGAUACUUCUCUGGAUCGACGUGGGUCUACAGUGAUACACGUUACGAAGAAUGAAGGCGACGGCGUGUCAAGCAUCAGCAGUGGUGGAUAUUCCUUUGUGCCGCCGAUGAAUGCUCAGAGUGAUGCUCCCGCGCCGCCGGCCUGUUUCCAAUUUGCCGAUCAAGACGAAGGCAGUGUUGAUGGAUUUGAAAACAUUGAUAUCAAGGAAGCGUCCAAGAUCGCGGUCAAUGCCGAUGAUAAAAUUGACGUUGCUGAGGGAGUCGAAGCAAGUCAGUAUUCGUUGAAUGGUGACGGAGGUGCGACCGCAUCUCUAGUUUUGCUGGAUGUUUCUCCGGAUGCUACUUCUUCUCCAGUUCAAAGCCAAUCUCAUGUGUCAACACCAGUUUCAGCAUCUGGAGACACUUUUUCGAAAAAUUUCGACAAUACUAUGAGCGCCGCGCAGAGCGCACCUAGUCUGGCAGAGUCACUGUACGAGGAACAAAUGGCUGCUAGUCCACAUGUCGCGAGUUCAGGAUGCUGUCAGUUGAAGGCUAUCAAGCGGCCAUCUUCUCAACAAGGAAUCGGUGUGGCAUCUUCUACAUCCGCACCAUCCGUUGUGUCGUCGGCUCAUGGCGAUGGAUUCACGCCGUCAGUUGCUUCUACAUCCAGCGACAGUGAUCAGGAUGAUGAUUUGGCGAUGGAGAUGCGAAUGGAGCAGUUGGCCGGAGGGGCGGGCGUAUCGUGUGGUGCCUCAGCGCUCGCUUAUGCUUCUGCUCUCGCUGGAGCUGGCCGAAACUCCUUGUUCUGCUCCGGUCAAGAUUCGGGUGCCGGAUCCCUACAGCACGGCUUUGAACUUGGAGGGAACGCUAGUGUGUCCGAAAUGCGUCGAGCUACAGGUUCAUCUACGUCGUCUUCUUCCGGGCCCGUCAACUGUCGGAAACGCGUUUGGGAUGAAGACUUCGUGCUGAAACGGCAAUUUUCUGCCCUGAUUCCCGCAUUUGACCCUCGACCCGGUCGUACGAAUGUCAACCAGACUGCGGAUCUAGACAUUCCCUCGCCGAGCGAUCAUGACUUGGUGAUGACAUCUUCCAAGAAAAUGUCGAGCAGGGCUGAGGGUAACCGGGAGAAGUCGUUAGACUCCGUGGCCAAAGUUUUGAGCUCGUCUUCGAAGACAGUGGGUGUCGACUGCUCACUGCCACCACUACCGAAGAUCCAGCUGUCGUUGAAAGGCCCAGGGCUGGGGGGAGUCGGAGAAAACUUGAUAAAUUUGAACGAGAGCUCAUGGACCAUCUUCAAGGCUGUGCAAACACUGGCUCAUGCGGCAGUAAAUGGUGCUAUGCGAAAUGCACCGAAACCAGAUUUUUACCGUCACAUUUGGGAGCCUACCUAUACUCUCGUUUAUCAAGAGAAAGGGGAUGAACUCGAGAGCAAAAGUGAAACUGAAACUGCCAGUGAACUGAAAAAUGAAGCGAUGGGAGCUUCCAAGAAAGACGACGAGGUGCAGGAGGAAACCACUCCUGAUCACGUCCUUCAACUACUGCGAUAUCUCUACAGCUUGUCGUUGGAUCACUCUGGUGACAGUGCUGGAUUAGAGGAGCGUGAUUUUGGUGGCGAACCGGCAAAGAUGAAGUUGAAGAUAGCGAAGGACGAGUUUCUGAGCAAGAAAAUAUGCUACAAGCUUUUGCAGCAGGUUCAGGAUCCGUUGGUCUUGUCAACUGGAGCCUUGCCCUUAUGGACCACGUACUUGACUUCAACGACUCCGAUGAUUUUCCCGUUUGAAACUCGUCAACAGUUCUUUUCGUGCACUGCCUUUGGACCCUGUCGCUCCAUCGUAUGGUUGCAAAACCAGCGUGAAGCUAUGCUGGAACGAGGCCGCGGCUUAGGUGGCGUCGGUGUUUCUGGUGCCGCUGCGGCUCGUCGAGUCGGUGAUGAGCUUCAAGCGGACUUCCGAGUCGGACGCCUGAAGCACGAACGUGUUCGCGUCCCGCGUAAUGAGAACUUGCUCGCGUGGGCGAUGCAAGUUAUGAAGAUACAUGCGACUCGAAAGACAAUUCUUGAAGUGGAGUUCACCGAUGAAGAAGGAACGGGCUUGGGUCCGACCCUAGAAUUUUAUGCUUUGGUGAGUGCGGAGUUGCAGCGUCGUGACCUCGGGAUUUGGCUUUGCGACGACGUGCUUGGCAACAUCGACGCGGAUCUCGCACCGCCGACCUCGGCGUGCGCGUCGUCCAUGGAAGCACCGCAACUACCGACGGGAUAUUUUGUUCAUCCGCCGAACGGCUUGUUUCCCGCUCCGUUGCCUCAGGAUUCUGAAAUUUGUGAUCGUGCCGCUGAAAUUUUCUUCUUUAUGGGGAUAUUUCUUGCGAAAGUGUUGCAAGACAAUCGUCUGGCAGAUGUUCCGCUGUCCCGUCCGAUGUUCAAACUUUUGUGCCUCGGAGAAGUCAGUGACGAGUGCGUAUCGCACCUCUUCGCCGAGACUGACGAAUGGAACUGUGACGAACCGGAAAACUCAAAAGACAAACAGGCUUCACCGUGGCGAGAAAAACUGAAUACCUUGGUCAUUGAUCUACCUGAAAGCAUGGGUUCCGGACAAGUGGCACUCGAGGAUUUGUGCAUAUCUUUCCAAUACAGCCCGUCGUCACGAUCUCACGAUUUUCUCACCCAUGAUUUGAUUUCCGGGGGUGAACACACACUCGUGACUACGGAUAACGUUGAACAGUAUGUUCGGGAAACGAGAAAAUUUUGCUUGCAAACCGGAAUACAGAGGCAAUUGGAGGCACUUCGCAGUGGUUUCGAUCAAGUUUUCCCAUUGGAAACUCUUAGCACAUUUUCUCCAGACGAGGUUCGAUUGAUGCUUUGUGGCGAACAAUGUCCCAGCUGGACGCGUCAGGAUAUCCUCAAUUAUACCGAUCCGAAACUUGGUUUCACGCGUGAAAGCCCGGGAUUCCAGCUUUUCGUAAACGUGCUUAGUAGUCUGAAUGGAAAGGAGCGUAAAGCCUUCCUCCAGUUCGCCACAGGGUGUUCGUCGCUGCCUCCCGGUGGCUUAGCAUCGCUGCAUCCGCGCCUCACGGUGGUGCGCAAGGUGGACGCCGGCGACGGGUCCUACCCGUCCGUUAACACGUGCUUGCACUACCUGAAACUGCCCGACUAUUCGUCCGAGAUGAUUUUGCGCGCCAAAUUAUUAGCUGCCUGCCAAGAGAAGGGUUUCCAUUUGAACUAGUGCACCGAGUGUUUGGGGAUGACCACUUCGUGCGGAUUUCUAGGAAGAGUUCCGCGAUGCAGGAGGCUUUGAAAAUGACAGAAAAAAAGAAAACGCGCAGUUCUGCGUUGACCAGGAUUUCUCCUCGGAUAAUUCAUAACUUGUAAUGGGAUGGUUGGCCAUUAGCCUGAUAGCAAAUUUAAUUGCCAAAAGGAUUUUUUUCCAUCUCGAAAUAAACAGUGGACAUGUAAGACGCGAGAAAUAUCCCUUUUGCACAUUUUAACAAUAUGGACAGGGAUAAUAUACUCUCGGAACUACUUGACAAAACAUGCUAGCUCGCUGGAGAUGUAGCCCUUUUUUCCUUUUUUUUUUUUUUUUUUUUUUUUUUUU